UCUGCGUCCCGUGUAUUCCCGUAUUGUCGAUCUCGGCAGCCGGCCACAACGUGUGUUUUGCGUGUGGCUCUUCCCAAACUAGCGGCCACCCUGCAGCUGGAGCGAAGGAAAAGCGGAAACUCCGUGACCGACCGCGUGCUUUUCUGUUUGUAAAUCCGAGGAACAAUUUCCCAGCGCCUGGAAGCUUCUGCUGCUGUAGCGACCCGUGUCCGCAGCGCUUGUUUGUGUGCCUAUCUGUGUACGUGUGCGUGAGUGUAUGUGCGUCCGGUGAUUGCGUGUACCGCUGAUGCCGUUAUUUUGUUAAAGUUUAUCGGAGGAAGUGGUAAAAAUUCCCCCUAAAACCACCUCCCGUGGACCGGUGAUCGCAGCAGCAGCAGCAGCAGCAGCACCCUAGCUCGAGAACAUCGCCGCCAUCUUCACGCAACACAACAACAACAAAAACAAGUGCCAACGAGUGGUGGUGGAGGUAGAGUGGGAGAAGGAGUGACGCGCGCGCGCUCCCGCAAUCGCUUACUUCGCGUUCUGGAGAGCGGAUAGAGCGCGUUUUCCCUUUGUUUGGCGGCCGAUCGGAUCGCUCGGUGAGAGCAAACGUCAGUGAAGAAGGUGGUACACGAGCGCUCCCCCCCCACACAUCGCAGCCACCGCCACCAGCAACCAGCAACAACAACAAUCUGACAGGCGAGAUCGCAGCAGGCUAGCGUCAUCAGCGAGCCAGCCGCGUGGUUUGCGCGUCGUUCAUAACCCCGAAAAGCGCACGCGGUCGCGGGCCACCUUGUGCUACAACGGAGCAACCUACGAUUUGCCCGUCGCAUCAUUUUGCUAUUUCCCAAUCGACCAUAAUUCGAGCAAAUCAGGGGAAAAAAAAUCGAGCAAAAUUCGAGCCGAGCACGUGCUUUGGAAAAAGGUCGCAAGUGGGUCACAUUUCCCGUUCUCACCAAAGGGGCUGGAGGUUUUUGUUACCAACUUGCGACCUUUUUCUGAAGCUGCUCAAAGAAAGGAAGCAGCCUCGUGGUGGCUCGUGGCUGCGGUUGAGAGCAAAAAAAAAGAGAAUGGUCGGCCGCCGGGCCGGUUCUCUCUCUUCCCGCUUCUCUUUUCUCUCUGUGUUCCUUUCCCCUUUUUCCCUCGCUCUGUGCUACAGCUGUUAUUCUGUAGAGGGAACGACUUCGUCUUCGGUCAUGGCUGUGGGGCCGUGGGUCGGUGUCUGUGUGAUGGUAGUCGUGAUCGGUGUUUCGCGGCUGGAAUUAUUCGAGAGAACGAUUAAUGCAUGGCGAUUAUUUAUUGAGAGAACCAUACUUACCUGCCGAUGUGGUUGUUUUUCGUCGAUGCGAUCGGAACCAAACUUUGUGGCGGAGCACUUUAAACGCACAAUAACACGGUGCACAAUUUUACCAACUUGAAAUCAAUAAGUAUGCAUAUCAAUAAGAAUAUGCGAAACGGAGAGUGCUCUGCACACAUGAUGAAUGGUUUUGCACUUUGUGCUCCUUUCGCGAAUGUUUGUUCGAUCAUCAACUCGCACUCUACGGUGAUCCCUCGUGUAAAGAGAUGCGGUUUGCUAUGCUUCCCGUUGCGAUGGGAUUAGGUUUUACGGUACUGCGUGUUAGUCAGGCACGAUAUCUAGCCGCAGCUGUAGCGUAAUUGGUGGUGGGAAAAGCAGUAGAAAUACGUCGGCAUUUUGGAACCGCGCAGGUGUGCUGCAGCCGCAAUCGGGAUCAAAUUGAGGCGCAUAAAGAUGUCCUUUUUCCUGCAAAGAGACGCAAUGUCUGCUUGCUCAAUCAGUCACAGUUUACAUUGAAAUCAAAUGCAUGCCAUGUCAAGGAUCGUACAUGGCAUCAAUCAAAACCACGAUCUUCACCAGUAAAGCUUGGCCACGCAAGGUACGCUGUACGCCUUGGCCACUGAAAUACUACAUGGAACGAUUGUAACACAUAAUCAACGGGAACGUGGUUGGCUGCCAGAACUAGAAGUACCAUUAGGGAUGCAGGAAAACGUUGUUACACUCAAACUGUUAGCGGCAACUCAAGGACGAUUUAUUGGCAAGGGAGCGGCCCGAGUAAAAAUAUCUGUUCUUCCUUUCCAUAUCAUCCUCCGUUUCGGGGUGAUUCUUGAUGAUUAUAGUAAAAAUUCCUGUCUCGGUUUCCUAAAAUUGCGCAUCAAGUGUCUUGCACAAAUCUAUCCCGCUUUAUACGGUCUGAAUAUGUUUGUGAAAUAGGAUCGUUUAGCAAAAGAUUCAUCGCCGAGCUGCGCUUAAUCCUUCAUAGGCGGCACGUUUACUUUAGCAGAGCUAUUUAGAAUAAUGUUUCCAACAACAGUGUGCUUUGCACUAACGGUAUCUACUUCUGGUAACAGUCUUUGAACUCGUGAAAAGCAUUUCUCAACUAAGAAUGGUCCGUGCCAAAUUGCUUAAUAGCGGCGCCAAGUCACAGAAUUGUUUUAAAUCUCGCUAGUUCUAAAGGCAACCAAGGGAUGUAAAGAAACACUUGCAAUUUAAGAAUAUCCAGAUGCAGCCACGUUUUUAGGUUGCUCACUCUGUUGUCUGUGAUGUGAAAGGUAAUCUUACUUAUUGGCGUCCAUUCAAUCCUGGCUUCAACAAUCCUCGAUUUCUGAAACAGGACAUAUUCCGCUGUAUCAACGAGGGCCGCACAAGUUUGGCUCAGUGGUGACGAUAUUCUUAUCAGGUGAUACAACCGACGAGCGGUCUUGGCCUUGGCCUUCUGAAAUAUCAUCUAAUAGUUUAUAUCAACCCCAAAACGGUACGCACAAAGUGCAGUUGCCGACUGUUUUACGUACGAUCGUCUGCAAGCAGGCAGGAUAUAAAACACAAAUACCACUAUUAAAAAGCGAUAACAAAUUCAAACGGACGCUUCUACAUGAUAGAACCUUUCGUCUUUGGGAUUCUUUGGAAGUAAAUGUGUUUGUAAUUAAUUACAAAUGCAUUAUAAACCGUUUAAUGCAUGUUACUCCUAGACGGAGACACAACCGAGCGCAAUCGAAAGGCUAACAGCGUUGGUUCCGAAGUAUUUCAUGAGCCGUUUCUAUCCGCUAAGGUACAUCUAUCGAUGUUUCGUUAGACUACUAAUAUUGCAUUACGUUGUCUCUAUUGUUCCUCUUGCGUAUUCCUCUUUGAUUCUGUAAAGCAACCUUUGUUUCAGCCCGGCUGGUCUCAAAGGCAAAGCCAAGAGUGAAGAGUGCGUUGAUUUGGGAAAAUUGAAUGUAACGUUUUUCUGUAGUGCACUCGAUAGAAUCGUUCUUUCCCAAUUACUUUUGCUUGGAAACAAAACCCCUUAACAAAGCAUUUUAAUCUGCGACUGAAUGUUCAGCAAAUUUAGAAAAAAGAGUUACACUUUUGUAGAAUCGGAGUGCUUUAUUAUCUUUUGUCUCAUCGUUCGUACAAGAAGUAUAGAUCUUUACUAUCAGCUUGCGGAACGAGGGUAAAAGAGUUACAAACCACUUCACGGCCAACAUGUGAUUGAGGAAGGAAUUGUCCUACAAUGCUUCUCAUACAUAGGACAGGUUUAGAUAAGAUUAAGAAAUACAAUCAACAUCCGGCUCAACAUUUCUUGCCUAAAUGUAUGAAAAAGGAACUUUGGAAAACGAUUUUGAGUCGACUUCUGCAGCUUGAUGCGUCAUUUUUACAGGCCAAACCAACGAUUAUCUGGUACCAAAUCACACCUAAAUCAUUAACAAUUUAAAUAGCUACAAUUUUACAUUCAAAUUCCUUUUUUUAUUAGAGAAAAACAUAUAAAAACUAAAGUAGUUUGAAACGGUCUCCGAAGCCGCGGUCCCAUGCGAGAAAAGGCAAGCGAUAUCCCUCUCUCGCUCGAUCAUACACGCCAUACGAGAGCAUACAGCUGUUCGCCGCGAGUGGCGUACACACUCGCUCGCAGGCACACAGGGAAUCAACGGCAGCAUGCGACUCACACACCCUGAGAAUUUCGCUAAACAGCGAAGCUCCAUACUGAGAGAGGACCGUUCUUUGCGGGAGCGAACGGCCUCACACAGAGAGAAAGGCCGCCAGCAGCAAGCUCCAUACUGAGAAUCUCGUGUUUGACGUUUUUCUUCCUUCUCACUAUAGCGGCAGGCUCAUUAGCCGUCUUCUCACUAUAGAGCCUGGUCAGACGGGUUGUCGUCAUAUCAAAUCGUCGCUUGUGUGUGAGUCUGUGUACGCGCUGCAUUUGCUGAGGGCAGUGCACUUCAUUAUCAUCGAUCGAACCAGCGUCGUCGUCGUCGUCGUCGUCGUCGGGUGUGCCCGUGGUCGUCAUUAUCACAAUCUUCACCUGAAGCACUGCUGUCUGCCGCUGCUGCUGCUGCAGCUGCUGCUGAUGUUGGUGGCGGUACUGCUGCAGUGAGCGAGUGCGUAAUCGCGGUUACAAUCGGUCAUUCGCGUGUGGUACCCUCCUCCUUUUUUGCCAAUGGUCCCCACUUGUCCACCGUGUGGACGUAUGUGUCUGUGUACUUAACUGCAUUAUUGUCGUGCAACGCUAGAAUCAGCGAACGUGCUAGAAAGAGCCAACGAUCGCACAACCGGUGGUGAACGCGGGGGGAAAGAACGGGGAACUGGUUGGCCUUACUGAACUGAUUCGCGAGGCACACACAAAACGACGGCGUAAGGUAACCAUGGCGUAACUCCUAGUAACGCGAGUGUCGCACUUUGCAGAAAUUCGAAAAGAGAUAGAGCGAUACCGACAGACCGGCGAGGGAGAGAGAACGAUAGGCCUUACGACAUAGACAUCUCGCGUACAGCAACAACAACAAUAACCAGCAGCAGCAGCGGCGGCAACAGUGGCAACAGGAGCAGAUCCAGGGAGGCGUGCGCCGAUUGACAAUCUCCUAGCUUCGAAGCUCUCCCGGUCGUGUUGGGACCGUCCCGCGAGCGUAGUGUGUAGUGUGUUGCUGCGCUGCACCUUAUUACCACGCCAGAGUCCAUCGUGAGUUCAAUCGGAACGGAGAGCGCAACGCAAACGCCGCUCUGCUAGCCACCACCCCCGACGACAACCAAGAAGCCAACCUUCCCCACAUUCACGGAUAACACGCGAGAACGAUGAACAGAUGAUCUCCCGCAAAGUGCAACCCUCGCGCCAAACGAAAGAUUCGAGAUAGAGAAAGCUCCCCCUCCUUCGGCCCUGCUAACCUAACGGGAAAAGUGUGCGCAUCCCACCCGCCUAGAAAUCACAGCCCGUGGUGAGGGAGAGUAAAAACGCGAAAAGCUCCUACCUGGCGUGGAAACGUGGUGCAACGGAAGUGGAAAACACGCGGCCCUCGCCUAGAGAGCAGCAGCAGUUCCCUGUGAGUUGGGGAGCUUAUCCGGAAAUUGCCACCCCCAUCAGUGCGAGACUCGAAGCUCUCUCUCUCUCUCUCUCACACGCUCUCAGUGGUCUCGUCGACCAUCAGAGCACAUCUCGCGGCCGCACGCAUUCAGCACAUCAUGCACCGUGCAUCACCAUCGUCGUAGCAGCCAUAGCCAUACCCGUAGCAGCAGCGGCAGCAGCAGCAGCAUCAUCAUCAUGCUUCGCUCGUUGUAAGCAACUCCCGAGAAAACCGCGUGGUUUUGUACAGUGCGAGCAUUGUGGAACGCAACGAAGGAAGAGAAGUCAUUGUGCCCCCCGAACGAACGAGCAAACCUCGUGGUGCAUCCAAUCUUUGGUUGCAUUUUCAGCGCUUACGCUCACCGGAAGUGGAAAAUAUUCCCGUGUUUUUUUUUUUCAAAACCAUGUGCAACACCUGCUGAGAUUGACACAUCGUGUCCCUGCUCAAGAAGCCCUCAAGGUUCGGUUAUUCGCCUCUAUCGCUUUCAUUUCGUUUCGCUUCACCCCGUGCCCCAGAUGAUGAUGCAGAUCGAGCAGAUAGGAUUUUACGGACAUCCAAUUUGAAACCACAUGUGCUUUUAGCAGCAACAGCAGCAGCAGCAACAGCAGUUACAUACGAUGGCGGUGCACAAGUGAACAACCCAGCCCCGCGACAACCCCGAGUUACGCGCGUGUGAGUGCGAGGAGCCGUGCAAUUUCAUGCAAAACACAUAACCCCCCGGGAUCCAAGCAGCCACCAUCAUCAUCAUCGCUUUCUGCGACGACGAAACCACGAGGUCUACAGGAGGAGGGCAUCAUCGCGUAUAGUGUGAAGUAGUGCUGGUGCUGGUCGAGCUUCUCUGCUUGUCUUCGCUGGAACGUUUCUUCUUAUCCACGAUUCGGCUACACACCGAGCGCCUCCAUCGAAAACCCCCCCACCUGCCAGGGCUGCUGCGCUCCAAUCACCCCAGAUGCAACCAGGCGACGUUCCGUCGUCGUCGUCAUCCAGCUCUGCCGUGUGUCCAUCACCGAGUAAUACAACCGCCGCCUGGGGGGAGGUCGGUUGCUAAAAUAAGCACCAAACGGCCUUGAAGGACGGAGUUGUGGCGAUUUUUGCCUUUUCCUUCCUUCCUUUCUUGCCAGCGGAUUUUUUUUUGUGCGCCUGUUCAACGCCAAGCCUGUUUCCUUUUCGUGGAGCAACUUACUCCCCACUCCGCAGCCGCUACCAAGCACAUACAUACGCACACAGCUUGCACAACCCCCGAAGAUACCCUUCAUCGCCGUAGAGCGAGGUUAGCUCUUGCGCCGUUUAAUUGCAGCAGCACGUUAUCGUCGUCGUCGUCGUCGUCGUGCAUCAUUUAGCAAAGUUAAGCAGCAAGUGCAUCGCAGCACAAGCGCUAUCAUAUGGUCCGAGCUACUUAAAUAUUGGUUUCGGAUUUUGGUCUCUCGCAUCGCAUCGUCACCAUUCGCCAUUGGUGCAUCUCGAAGCGCAUCGAACCGUCACCGUUCUUUAUCAAUCGCAUAAACCAAAUCACCCCAGCCCCCUCAAAAAACACAUUCAUUCCCACGAGGACAAAGGAAAAGCAGUCAUCGAUCGAACGCCGCUCCACAUACUCACGCGCGGCGCCAGUCUCUACGCGUUUCGCACCAUUGAAGGCAGCAGAGAGGCAGAAGCAUCGACGAAAGGCAACAACAAUAAAAACAAACACUGCAACUGCACCACCAACAACAAACGCAAUCGAGCGCAACUGACAGUCGCUGUGUGUGCGCAGAAGCAGGCGUAUGUGUUCGUAUUGGUGAACGGGCUGGUUUUUUGAGAGCAGACGGCGUUGCACUUACCGUCGUCAGCUGUGGUGUGUGGCAGGGCGACAAACAGCAGCAGCAGCAGUGGCCGAGUGUCCCACCAGCGAAGAACAAAACAAGCAAAACCAAAAACAACAUUCAGCAGCAGCUGAGAGUGUGCCCCCGACGGUAGUGGUGUGGUGUAUGGUUGAUUGUUGGCGAGAGAACACAACGUUUUACAGAUUUUCGGUGGUCAGCAGCAACAGCAUAUAAUCGCCCCUUUACGUUCACAACCGCACUUGCAGCCAUAGCAGCAUCAGCCAGUAUUAUUAACGGAGUUGCAGUUGCACAGGGGAAGGAGAGGCCCGUCAACGUUCGUGUCACAUUUUCUUCGUGUUUCGCGUUACGCCUGCUGUGUUAAGUAAUAUUAAUUCAUCGACAAUCGAGCAUCGAGUCAGCCUGCUGUGCGUUUCUGUUAAGUUUCCUACGGUCGUCUACGAACGGAGAAGGUCAUGACGGUGAAGUGCAUCGCUAGCGCUUCGCUGUGAACCACGUCGGGUGUGUGCUUGCGAACCGUUAUUUGUUGGGUGUCGUAUGGAUUUAUUCGACGACAUAGUCCAAGGUGAAACUAAGCUGCAUCAAAACUGACGACAACGCACCAUCGCUCAUGACAACAAUAACCUCAAGGCAAAAGGUGGCACCAAAAGCGCAACACACACGUGCGUGACACGGAACGCGAGGAAUCCGCUGAGAGAGAGAGAGCAAACUAGAGAGAAAGAGCAGGAGAUAGAAGGAAAAGGAGGCCCAGCAUAUCGUGAGUUUUGAGAGAAGCGAAACAUUACGAUCAUAGCACGCACCACGCGGGACACGAAAAUAGGAUCAAAAGGAUCCAUCAUUUUCUCAAAGAAAGCGACGGAAAAAAUCUAUUCAAAAAACGUGCUGGCUUGGCUGAUUCCCGUUUGUCUCGCUCGUACGCUACUCUCUCUCUCUCUCCCUCUCCCUCUCACACGCACUCUCUUGGUGUCCUAGAUCGUGGAUUGUGUGCAGUGGCAACGGUCAGCUAAAAAGAAAAUCAAAGGCAGAAGCGCAUCUCGCGAGUUGCUCUCGCGCAUCGCUCGUAUCUCAUACCGUCGCACAAUCCGUUGCACAAGCCAACCCUCACACACUCAUAUACACGCAGGAGUGCGAACAACAUCUUCAAAUCGGUGUGCAACACGCGGUUUUGUUUUAUUUAAGUUGUUUAAUUUUUUGUUUGAAGGGGAGUUAAGAGUUUGUCGAAAAGCAAAGUACAAAGCAACCAGCAACAACAACAACACCACCAAGAGAGGCUCUCGAGAAAAUAAGUAGCAAACGGUAGUGGUAGAGAAAGGGGAGAGAGCACGUGUGGCAAAGGUGGACGACAUCUUACACUACUUCUUGUCCAUUUGCGCGCGGUGCACUUAGUGACCUUUAAAAAUAUUCGUGAAGAAAAAGAUAAUCAAAAGCUCACGUUCCUUACUAGAAACACACAUACACAUACACACACACUCUCUCUCUCUCAAAAACACUCCCCCACACAUCAACCCUUCGUAACGGAGGCGUCAUCGUCACCGAACACGAACCAUCGUCCAACGUCCAACGCGCGCAAACGCACGCCAACAGGUGACACGCGCGGUGUGCCAGGGUUGAAGGAUUUUUGGCAAAAAUAAAAAUGGACGUCACUCGUCAGCGGCAGCAGCAGCAGUGGUCGUCGCAUCAGCAACAACCACCACCGCACUCACCACCGGAAACGGACAAUGAAGAGGAUGAUGAUGAGGAGGAGGAGGAGGAGGAGGAAUCCCCACGUCUGGUAGUCAAUAUGCCUCCACCACCACCUGCUGCUGUCGCCGUGAUCGAGUGUGAUGAUCGACAGGCGGCCAAAGCCGUCUCAGCGGCAGCAGCAGCACCAGCGAAUGAUGAUGUAGCAGCAGCUGCAUUAGUAGGCAGCAACAGUGGCAGCGUUGCAGUAGCCGAUGGUGUUCAGCGUGUGCAACGACAGGCGGUCGGAGAUGAACAGGAACGAUCUAGUAGCCGAGGGACGGCCGCCAGCGGAGGCAGCAGUACUGUGCAGGAUCAAAUUCCUACGAUCGGCGAUCGGUACGUGAUCCAUGGGAAGAUUGACCGUGGUACGUUCAGCACCGUUUCGUUGGCAACGAGGCGCGAUGAGGCGCACCUGGUGCGGGAAAAGCGACGCAUGUACGCGAUCAAGCUGAUCACACCGACCAGUCAUCCGGCGCGGAUCGAGCGUGAGCUACGCUGCAUGGUCCAGCUCGGUGGUCAGGCCAACGUGGUCGGUGUGGUGGACGCUUUCCGCCACCGCGGCUCGGUAGCACUGGUGAUGAAGUACAUUCCACACGAACCGUUCCAUCAAUACUACUCGCAGCUGACGCCGGCCGAAGUGCAGCGGUACAUGCGCAACCUGUUGCUACCGCUCGAGCGGGUGCACAAGUACGGUGUCAUCCAUCGAGACGUGAAACCGAGCAACUUUCUGCACGGUCGCCGGAACGGUGAUUAUAUGCUGGUCGACUUUGGGCUUGCCCAGGAGACGUCCGGUGGAGAGUUUACGUUGCGUGGUUCUCCGGUAGCAGCACCAGCGGUAGCACCAGCAGCAGUAGCAGUAGCUAAGACUGACAAGCGGAAGGUUUCGAUCGAUGAACCAACGCCGCCACCGGUUCCGAAGGCGGCUGGUGGUAGAGAGGGCACUGGCGGCGAGUCCAGUCCCGUGGUGCAACAGGCCGUGAAGCGGCAUAAGCCAAGUGGUGGAAGCAGCACCACGGAGAACAACAGCGGUAUGGUUGGUGCAGCUGGUACCGGUGCUACGUUCGUCCUCCGUAGCUCGCAGCAGCAACAAUCGGCAAAGCCGCCAUUGAAGCUGGCGAAUAGCAACGCACCAGCACCACCUCCCCUGGCAAGGGAAG